AUGAUAGAAUAGAAAAAAGAGUUUUAUAGUUUAGAAGAAUUCUUAGAAAAUAGUGAUUAUGAUAUUACUCAUCUUAGUUUACUAUUAAACUAAUGCUCCAUUCGAAACAAAGAAAUAUACAUGCUUUAGUCUCAUUUAAAAGAUUUUACGAAAAUUUAAGAUUUUACUUUAAAUCUUAAAAAUCAAAAAAUUACAGAUAACGAAAUGAAAUCACUCUUCAAUGGAUUACCUAAUUUUCAAGAACUCAUCAGUUUUAAAUUAAAUUUAAAAAAUUAUUAAAUGUUAUCAUAAGGAGCCAAUUCUUUAGAUAAAUACUUGAAAAAGUGUUUAAAAUUAGAAAAUCUCAUACUAAAUCUAAAUAAUAGCAAAAUCAGCAAAAAUGGUUUAUAUGAUAUAGCAUAGGCCAUUUAAAAAAUAUAAAAACUAAAGACCUUGACACUUAAACUUAAAAAUAAUCGAAUAGAUGAUAAGGGAGCUUCAAAUAUCAGUAUAUGCUUGAGUAAUUGCACUGAAAUAAUUAAUUUGAAGUUAAACUUAAGUCAAAAUAUAAUUGAAGAUGAAGGCAUAUAUAAUAUCGGAAUUGGAGAAGGAUAUUUAUUAAAGAAUAAGUUAGUAAGUUGGUUUUUUAGAUCUUGA